GCGCGAGACUGGCUGGGCUGACGUGGGCGGACUGGGUGAAAAGGCCGAAUUGCCCAACCCAGAGACCUUGAACGUCCGGGUCUCUUUUCACCGGGCAUAAUAUUCCAUCUCUCUUCGACAGAGUCUUCUGCACCAUGGGUUCGUUUACGCUAUCUUUCUUGCGCCUGCUCGGCGUUGCGCCGAGGUCGCGGCCGCCAGACGCCCGCCCGCCCGACGAAGAGCACGCGACAGGAACAGUAGCGGACGACUCGGCCUUGGGGGCGUCGAUGCUGCAGCCGAGCCACCACCACGCCCCAUUCCAGCGCAUCCCCGCCGAUAACACCCUGAUGCUGUUCCGGCUGACGCUGGGAAUCACGGCCGCUCCUCAUCUGGGCUUUAGCCAGUCCACGCAGCGGCCCGCCGACAACCUCGGACUCUACGCCCGCGUCGUGCACGCCGAACAGACGGCAAAGGAUCAAUACAAGGUUUUUUCGGUCGUCAUCAACGCCUGCUACUUCCUGCAGAUCAUUGUUGCCGCCUCCGUGACCGCCAUGGGCGCGGCCAACGCGAACAACAAGGCCGUCACCGCCUUCGGGGCCAUCAACACCAUCAUUGCCGGCUUCCUCACCUACCUCAAGGGCUCCGGCUACCCCGCCCGCUUCAAGUACUGCGCCGACGAGUGGAAGAAGGUCCGGGAGUACAUCGAGCACCGAGAGCGUGACUUCUCCCUCGAGGGCUGCACGCUAGACGUCUACGAGGAGAUCGACAACAUCAGGGAGAUGUACGAGCUCACCAAACGCGAUAUCGAGGUGAACCAGCCGGAGGCCUACAACGCCAAGUCCGCCAGCGGUGGCGGCGGCGGCGGCGGCGGCGUCGCCCGGUUCGACAGGGGGAGCAAGCUGCGGAGCUUCGACGAAACCGUGCGCAAGCUGAAGGGCCGCGCGGGGUUGGCCGCCGACGCUCUCGAGUCCAGGUCCAGCACCAUGGCGGCGAAGGUGCGCAGCCUCGAGGAUUCGCCGGACAAGAUGACGAAACACAUCGAGAAGACGGCCGAGGACGGCGGCGAAGAUGCCGCCUACAAGGCGGUGCGCCACGUCAUCGAGGACGCGGAGAAGCGGGUCAUCGCAGAGGCUCGCAACCUCGAGAAGGCGGUCGUCCGGGGCGCAGAGGAGCACAAGCCGCGCCCGCCUCGCGAGGUCUCGGUCAUGCUGUCGCACCGUGACGGCGACGACGAUGCUGCGGAUCAGAUCGAAGUGGCCCCUAAGAAAUAGCGGUAGUGAUUGAGGAACAGCAGGCCAACUUCUAACGUUGCCCAAAGCCGCCCGGGUCGACCGAGGCUGAGACGGGCUUGCGCAGUCUAACCAGGGCCGGGUGUGCUCCCCAUUACCAAUUGGGUCAGAUAAGCCCCGGUUCGCCCUGGCUCCAAGUCGAAAGUGUCGGAGCCCAACGACGUUCAACUCGAUAUUCCAGUUUACGAGGCGUUUGCUUUGAGAAGGCAAAAAUGGGGUUGGGUCGGGCAAUGGGAAGAA